AUGGAACCACGAACCGCCCGCGAGCUGCGUAUCCCCGCCUCCGCGUCGGCACUGAGCGCAGCCAUGGCAUACAAGUACGACUGCGAAGCUCCUCCCGUCAACGACAUCACUCAUCCCACCCGCGCUCACGAUUUCGAGCAACAAACUUCCAGCAUUCAAGAGACAUUGGGUGCUCCCCUGUCUGGGCAAAUCAUGUCGGUUCGAACUGCACAUGACCAUGUUCGAGAAGAAUUUGGUCCCUGA